AGCAGCCCUGUUGCUGACCUGCAGCCUACAGACUGUUGGCGUGGGGUCACAUGGUGAGUUAGAAACCCUUAAAACCUGCACAGCCAGACCUCCAGUCAACUCCUGCGUUUGCAACUACAGCUGGUCUGUUCCGCUCAAAGGUCCAACAUGUCAGACACCAAGGAGAUUGUGGAGGAGUACGAGCAGGAAGAGAAGGAGGAAGAUGAGGAUGAGCACGAUAAAGAGUCUAAACCACGUUUUAAGACCACCUAUAUACCAAACAUGGCUCCUCCAAAGCUUCCUGAUGGAGAAAAGGUUGACUUUGAUGACCUCCACCGGAAAAGAGUAGAGAAGGAUUACAAUGACCUUCAGACCCUCAUCGAGCAACAUUUCUCCAGCCGUCAAAAGGAGGAGGAAGAGCUCAUCGCCCUGCGUAGCCGCAUUGAGCAGCGCCGGGCGGACAGGGCCGAGCAGCAGCGCGUCCGGGCCGAGGAGGAGCGUGAGCGCCAAGCUCGGGUGGCCGAGGAGAGGUCAAGGCGGGAGGAGGAGGCCGCAAAGCUGCGGGCUGAGGAGGAGGCCAAGAAAAAGAAGAUAUUCUCCAACAAGUCCUUUGGUGGCUACCUGGAGAAGGUGGACCAGAAGAAGGGGAAAAAGCUAACAGCCCGCGAGGAGAAGAAGAAGGCCCUGAUGGAGCGCCGGAAGCCGCUCAAUAUCGAUCACCUGGGCCAUGAGAAGCUGGUGGAAAAGGCCCAGGAUCUGUGGCAGUGGCUCCACCAGCUGCACGCUGAGAAGUUUGAGCUGGCUGAGCAGCUUAAAAAGCAAAAAUAUGAAAUUCAUGUGCUCAGAAACCGAGUCAGCGACCACCAGAGAGGCUCCAAAACAUCCAAGACCACCCGCGGGGCCAAAGGGAAGGCUGGCUCCUGGAAAUGAAGCCCAGGGUCCACAACAGCUGAGAGACUGAGGUCCUUUUGGACUUUUUGGUUCAGAUUUCUUACUGAAGGCUCAGGGGACUGAAGGGAUUCAAAGAAAGAAAUUAAAAUAACCCUCCUUAAUAUAAAUGGUUUACUUUGAAAUAAAAACAGGAUUUUUUUCAACCCUCCAUCUAUGAUUUAUUCUGGAUAAGCUUUAAAUCUUUCCAUAAAUGUUUCUUUUGUUCUCUCACUGAUUAUUGUUACAUAAGACUUUUUUCCCUUCUCAUUAAAUCUAUUUUGUUUAGUUCCA